GCAGGUGGGGCCGCCGCGGAACUCCAGGUCCGGCCCGGAGCAGAGAGGCGGGGGCGAGAGGGAAGUGGGCGGGAGCUGCGAUCCGAGUCGCCGGAGUUGCGGGCGGCCACGGGGCUGUGGGCUGGUGGGAGCCCACGCGGGCCUGGGCGGGAUGAGCCAUGGCAUCGGUCAAGGUGGCCGUGAGGGUCCGGCCCAUGAAUCGCAGGGAAAAGGACUUGGAGGCCAAUUUCAUUAUUCAGAUGGAGAAAAACAAAACAACAAUCACAAACUUAAAGAUACCAGAAGGAGGGACUGGGGACUCAGGAAGAGAACGGACCAAGACCUUCACCUAUGACUUUUCUUUUUAUUCUGCUGAUAUAAAAAGUCCAGAUUAUGUUUCACAAGAAAUGGUUUUCAAAACCCUCGGCACAGAUGUCGUGAAAUCUGCAUUUGAAGGUUAUAAUGCUUGUGUCUUUGCUUAUGGGCAAACCGGAUCUGGAAAAUCAUACACUAUGAUGGGAAACUCUGGUGAUUCUGGCUUAAUCCCCCGGAUCUGCGAAGGGCUCUUUAGUCGGAUAAGUGAAACCAUGAGAUGGGAUGAAGCAUCUUUUCGGACUGAAGUCAGCUAUUUAGAAAUUUAUAAUGAACACGUGAGAGAUCUACUUAGGCGAAAGUCAUCUAAAACCUUCAAUUUAAGAGUCCGGGAGCAUCCAAAAGAAGGACCCUAUGUUGAGGAUUUAUCCAAACAUUUAGUGCAAAAUUACAGCGAUGUAGAAGAACUUAUGGAUGCAGGAAAUAUCAAUCGUACCACGGCAGCGACAGGGAUGAAUGAUGUCAGUAGCAGGUCACAUGCCAUCUUCACCAUCAAGUUCACUCAGGCAAAAUUUGAUUCUGAAAUGCCAUGUGAAACUGUAAGUAAGAUCCACUUAGUCGAUCUUGCUGGGAGUGAGCGCGCAGAUGCCACUGGAGCCACCGGGGUUAGGCUCAAGGAAGGGGGAAAUAUUAACAAGUCCCUCGUGACUCUGGGGAACGUCAUUUCUGCCUUAGCUGAUUUAUCUCAGGAUGCAGCAAACCCUCUUGUGAAGAAGAAGCAAGUUUUUGUGCCUUACAGGGAUUCUGUGUUGACUUGGUUGUUAAAAGAUAGCCUUGGAGGAAACUCUAAAACUAUCAUGAUUGCCACCAUUUCACCUGCUGAUGUCAAUUAUGGAGAAACCCUAAGUACUCUUCGCUAUGCAAAUCGAGCCAAAAACAUCAUCAACAAGCCUACCAUUAAUGAGGAUGCCAACGUCAAACUCAUCCGUGAGCUGCGAGCUGAAAUAGCCAGACUGAAGACGCUGCUUGCUCAAGGGAAUCAGAUUGCCCUCUUAGACUCUCCGACAGCUUUGAGUAUGGAGGAAAAACUGCAGCAGAAUGAAGCAAGAGUUCAAGAAUUGACCAAGGAAUGGACAAAUAAGUGGAAUGAAACCCAAAAUAUUUUGAAAGAACAAACUCUAGCCCUUAGGAAAGAAGGAAUUGGAGUUGUGUUGGACUCAGAACUGCCUCAUUUGAUUGGCAUAGAUGAUGACCUUCUGAGUACUGGAAUCAUCUUGUAUCACUUGAAGGAAGGUCAGACGUAUGUUGGUAGAGAAGAUGCUUCCACAGAGCAAGAUAUUGUUCUUCAUGGCCUUGACUUGGAGAGUGAGCACUGCAUCUUUGAAAACGUUGGGGGGACAGUGACUCUGAUACCCCUGAGUGGGUCUCAGUGCUCCGUGAAUGGUAUUCAGAUCAUGGAGGCCACACAUCUAAACCAAGGUGCUGUGAUACUUUUGGGGAGAACCAACAUGUUUCGCUUUAACCAUCCGAAGGAAGCUGCCAAGCUCAGGGAGAAGAGGAAGAGUGGCCUUCUGUCCUCCUUCAGCUUGUCCAUGACUGACCUCUCGAAGUCCUGUGAGAACCUGUCCGCAGUCAUGCUGUAUAACCCCGGUCUUUUCCCUAUAAAAGGACCCAUCUGUCUAAGACUUGAAUUUGAGAGGCAACAGCGUGAAGAACUUGAAAAAUUAGAAAGUAAAAGGAAGCUCAUUGAAGAAAUGGAGGAGAAGCAGAGAUGGGACAAGGCCGAGCUGGAGCGCAUGCAGCAGGAGGUGGAAACCCGGCGUAGGGAGACAGAGAUCGUGCAGCUCCAGAUUCGCAAGCAGGAGGAGAGCCUCCAACGCCGCAGCUUCCACAUCGAGAACAAGCUCAAGGACCUACUCGCUGAGAAGGAGAAGUUCGAAGAGGAGAGGCUAAGGGAACAGCAGGAGAUGGAGCAGCAGAAGAAGAAGCGGGAGGAAGAGAGCUCUCUCCGAGUGGAGGAAGAGCUCCAGCAGUUCCAGGAACUCGACUGCAGCGAGAAGGCCGAGAAGAUCCAGAUAUUCCAAGAGCUGGACCGACUGCAGAGAGAAAAAGAUGAACAGUGCGCCGAGCUUGAGUGGGAGAAGAAGAGGCUGGAGGAGCAGGAGAGGGAGCAGGCGCUGCUCAUGGCACACCUGGAAGAGCAGCUCCGGGAGAAGCAGGAGGUUAGCCAGCUGCUGCCGCGCGGGCAGGUGCAGCGGGUGGAGGAGGAGCACAGGGACCUGGAGGGCAUUCGGGCCUCUCUCUUGCACGCCAAGGAGGCUGGCGCUGGAGGGGACAGUGACGGCCAGGGGUUAGAAGAGGCUCAACUGCGUUUCUUCGAGUUCAAGAGACAGCAGCUCGUUAAGCUCGCAAACUUGGAGAGGGACCUGGUUCAGCAGAAAAACCUCCUGGAAAAAGAGCUGGAGGAAGAGCAGGAAGUCCUGGAGCAUGUAAAGUGUGAACAUGACCAAGGAUCGAGGGUGUUGGGAAAAAACGAGGAGUGUGUGGCAGAUGUCACUCUGGUGGCUCGAGACUUUGGGAAGAUGAAACCAGUGGCGUGCAGGCUGCAGAAUAAGCAGCGGCAGCUGCAGCACAUCCUGCAGGAGCACUUGCCGGCUCUGCUGAAGGAGAAGCAGAGAACAGCUGAGAUCCUCCACCGAGGCCCGCUGGGCUUAGACAACACUCUCUAUCAGGUAGAAAAGGAAGUGGCAGAAAAAGAAGAGCAGCUUGCGCAGCACCGAGCCAGCGCAAGCCAGCUGCAGCAGCUCCAAGCCACCUUCGAGUUCACAGCCAACGUCGCGCGUCAGGAAGAGAAAGUGAGGAAGAAGGAGAAGGAGAUUCUCGAGUCCCGGGAGAAGCAGCAGAGGGAGGCACUGGAGCGGGCUGUGGCUAGGCUGGAGAGGAGGCACUCUGCCCUGCAGCGGCACUCUACCCUGGAUGCGGAGAUUGAGGAGCAGAAGCAGAAACUUGCCACUCUGCCCAGCAGCAGCGUAGUGCAGUCAGGGCUCCGGGCUAGCCUGGAGGCUGAACAGGAAGCCCUGGAGAAAGACCGGCAGAGGUUAGAAUAUGAAAUCCAGCAGCUGAAGCAGAAGAUUUAUGAGGUCGAUGGUGUUCACAAAGACCGUCAUGGGAUCCUGGAGGGAAAGACUGCUUCUUUCAGCUUACCACGGAAUGCUGAAAAAUCUCACCUGGUCCCCCUGAUGGACCCCAGGAUCAGUGCUUACAUUGAAGAAGAAGUCCAGAGGCGACUUCAGGACUUGCAUCAUGUGAUUGGUGAAGAUAGCAGUGCAUCUGCAGAAAUAAUAAAGGAUAAUGAGAAACUUCACAAUGGCACCAUUCAACGUAAGCUAAAAUAUGAGCGGAUGGUUUCUCGCUCUUUGGGUGCAAAUCCGGAUGAUCUGAAGGACCCGAUUAAAAUUAGUAUUCCACGCUACGUCCUCUGUGGGCAAGGGAAGGAUGCGCACUUCGAGUUUGAGGUCAAGAUUACUGUCCUAGAUGAGACGUGGACUGUAUUCAGGCGUUACAGUCGCUUUCGAGAAAUGCAUAAAACAUUGAAGUUAAAGUAUGCAGAGCUUGCUGCCCUUGAAUUUCCUCCAAAGAAACUAUUUGGAAACAAGGAUGAACGUGUGAUUGCUGAGAGGAGAAGUCACUUAGAGAAAUAUCUCAGGGACUUUUUCAGCGUGAUGCUUCAAUCGGCAACAUCCCCUCUCCACAUUGACAAGGUGGGAAUGACUCUCUCGAAACACACCAUCUGUGAGUUCUCACCGUUCUUCAAGAAAGGAGUCUUCGACUACAGCAGCCACGGAACAGGGUAGCGCCAGGGGUGAUGGAGGAACCACCAAAGCAGUGCCUUCUAGUUGAAGUGGGCUCCGACGCAGGGGGUCUUCUUACAGGGCUCCAGGCCUGCCUCCUCUUGCUGAAGGCCCACGUGCAGCAGCCCCAACACCUCAUCUUCUUUCCUAGUGCCUGAGUUGGGGCCUGGGAUGCUCUGCCUGCCGAUGGUGACCCUGACAGGCAGCUGUUUCUGUUCGUUGCAGUUGAAUGUGGCCUUUUCCCAUAGUGCUUCCUUCUCACUGCGCAGCGAGGUUCAUCCCCUGUGGCAAGAUGGACAUGGCCUGAUUAUCUUGGGCUCCCCAAGCCAUGCCAACCUGGGACUUCCCAAAGUGGGUGGCACCAGACCACCCUUCAGUGACUUUCAUCCGGUUUCCUCUUUCUCCAAAAUACACCCUAAUUUUAUAAUAUUCCUCCCAUGUGACUGGCUGUAUCCCAAGAAAAGCUUUUUAAAUUGUCUCAUUGUAUUUGUUCCUUUGUUCCUCAUUGGAAUCAGAGCUUUUAUAUAAUACCCAAACACUGUUGUUUACACAGAAUUUCACAUUCUGCAAAAGGGAUUUUUUAUCCAAUCAUGACUAGAGUCUUCCAUGCUUGACACAUUGGAUGUAGACGACGUCACUUAGAACGUCUGUACAUCCCUACAGAUACGAUAAUUGUUUCACUUUGAAUAUUCAGAAACACUUUCCCAAAUCUAAAUGCUACUGUGCAUUCUCGAGCUUUCUCUGCUAAGCACAAAGUGAGCGCAAGGCUAAAUGCAUAUUUAUAAAUAUCAUUUGGUUCACCUUUUUAUGUUAUAGAAUUUACUGGACCUUUGGCUGAAACACUAGAAUUUACAGCAGUUUAUUAAAGCUUCCUUAAAUUACUCAGGACUGAAUGUAGCAUUGCACAUCUAUGUACAGUAAAACUGCUUUGUUUUACUAAAGAGAAAUAUGUGAGUAGAAAAAAUAUAUAUGUGGUAUAUGCUGAAAUGUAUAUAAUUCUGCCUAUAGAUUUAUAUAUGUGCACACACCUGUAUGAUAGUUGUAUCAAAACAUAUAAUCAUUCACACCAAAUUUAUUAAAAGUGUUUGCUUUUUCAAAAUAUAGAUUGAGCUGCUAUCAAUAUUAAAUGAAGCUAUGGAAGCUA